AAUUAACAAACGGAGAGGUUGACUUCGGGCAUGUAAUGAUUCCAAAUGGAUUUCAACCUCCUAAAGAAUAUCCUGUUGGAGCUAUUCCCCAAUUUGGUCAUGGAACUCACUCUGGCACUGUUGUAAUCAAGGAUGUGAAGACUAUUUUUGUCCCUAAUCUAUAUUAUGAUGGAGCUGCUCCAGAUGCCUUCUUUUUGGUGGGAAAAGGACAGCCUAAUCCAAAGGGAACUAAGGUACCAGAUGAAAAUGGAAGUUUAAAAAAACUCAGUGGGUACCAGGGUAAAAAUGUUACGUUGCGCUUGCCUGGUGACAUAACUGUAUUUGAUAUCGAAUGGUUUGGAUUGUACUGUAUUUCAUUUGAAGAGAACUUUGGACAUGUGAAUAUACCAGACCAUGAGAAACUUAAUAUACCUGCUGACUUACAAGCUCUUAAAACUUUGAACUUCCAGUUUCAUAAUUGUGAAGAAAUUUUUCCUGGAAAAAUGCAAGUAAGUUGGAAGAUAGAGGGAGAAGAUAUUUACAUACAACUUGAAGGAAAACUAGAGGAGAAUGAAUACAUGGGCUUUGGAAGGAGUGGAGAUGAUAAUAAAGCAAAAAUGAUUGGAGCUGAUAUUACAUUAGUUUUCUAUGAUGGUGAAAACUCUUUGGCCAGAGCAGUGGACUACUUGCUUACCAGUAAAGCUCAGUGUUCUAAGGGAAGUGGUGUCUGUCUUGAUGUGAAACUUGGUGGAAAGGAAAAUUCUCAACUUGUUUCCUGGGAAAAGGUGAAUGGAAUUUUGAAAGUGACCUAUAAAAGACCACUUUAUACUGGUGAUACUCAAGACCAGUCAAUCCCAGAGGCAGGAGAAAUCACCGUUGUGGCUGCCAUCGGUCCACUAAAUAGCCAGAAUGAGGCAGCUUUCCACACACACUUCUACACAAAACAUACCAUUCGCAUUGAUUUUGGACGCACACCUGCUUCUAAAUGUAGUUCACUCUUGGGAGGAAUGAGUGAAAAAAGUGAUAAAGUGAAAGUCUGGCCUCCCCAAAAGAUUUCCGGUGUUUCCACUUUUGAAGCUCGUAUUGGACCAACAGGAGGAGACAAAGGUUACACACCAAUUACAGGUCAUCAAUCAUGGGGUAUUGCCUGGUGGAUUAAUGAUCUUCUAAUACCAGAGAUUACUGUUGAGCGGGGUAAGAACUACACAUUUAUUGUGGAAGGUGGCUCUGACCCCACCAACACUGCAGAAUACCAUCCAUUAUACAUUACCAACAAUGCUGAAGGAGGUGGAGGCCAAUUCUUGGACAAACUUGGUUCAGCUGAACAUAAAAUCUAUGCAGGAGUGGAAACUGAGAAGGGAACUUUAAAACCUAUAGGAGUUGGAAGAUUAUGUGAAUGGAAGCAUAAAACUAUUGAUAUGUCAGCCACAUCAGAAACAUUUGAAGACUAUAAACAAACUCUAGAACUGAAAUGUAAAGAUGGCAAGCCAGGAAAGUUUGUUUGGCUGCCUGAUGAUGAUACUCCUGAUUUAGUGUAUUACCAGUGCUUCACUCAUAGAAACUUGGGCUGGAAGAUCCAUGUAACUGGUGGAAAGAACCAUGCUAGAAGACAGGUUGGUAAUGGUGCCACGUCUUCUCUGGUUCAUCAAUGGCUAUUGAUAUCUAUUGCUACUCUGGUUACCAUUGUGCUGAAAUAUUAGUGCGAAGAAAACUCCUUAUGUAAAUAAUAUCUUGGUAGCUAGCCUCAGAAAGAUUCCAUAAGCAUCUGAAAACAUCUAGAAUUGGUAAUGAACUGUUUACUACAGAAUAUUUUAAUGGUUUGUAGUGAACUAGUUAAAAAAAAAAUGCUCUAAAACUUUGGAUCAGGUUAUGGACACCUGAAAAAUUGUUGUUUUUAUGAACACUCGUUUAUAUUGAAAAGAUUGAAAGAUUAGAUUCUGAGUGGUAGACACCCUUUACUUGAAUCUGAACUUCACUUGAACUUUUUAAGAAGUAUCUUUAUUUCUUAAAUUAUAUACUGUAUGUAGUCUUGGCUAUAAAUGGUUUAUGGUUGUAUUUUUAUUAUGAACUGAAGUUUUUUAAACUAAUUUAUGUAAUUUGUAAUAAAUAAUCAGUAUAUAAGCAGUCAAAAAUAAAAUGUAAGAGAAAAAAUAAAUAAAUUGAAAUACGUUUUACUGAUAAAUUUAGUGAAAUAGUUUAGACUUUAAAUAAUACAAAGUCCAGAAUGGCAUCGAGAAUCUCGGUAGUUUAAAAAGUUUUAUUAUAGCUGAAAUUUGGUGUUUUAAUGAUAGCAGUUAGUCACAGAAAAAUUCAGGGUUGUUUAUUAGAAUACACAAAAUAAGAAGUAAAAAUGUCCUGUGAUUAUUCCAGAAUAUUUUGCACUUUUUAUUAUAUUAUACUAGGCUAUGCUCACAUCUCGAGACCAAACACUGUUGAUGUUUUUAAGAUGUAUUUUAUUUUAAUAUAGAUGUUUUGUAGAAUUAAUUCUAUCGUGUCCAAACACGUUUAAUGUAUGUAUGUAUUUUUCUUGAAUAAAUUU